AUGGUCGGUGGUGCUUUGCAGAUUGCUGGGCUGCUUGUUGGUGGCAUUGGCAUGAUUGGGACAUUUGCUGUCACGGGGAUGCCUCAGUGGAGGGUGUCUGCCUUCAUCGAGAACAACAUCAUCGUGUUUGAGACCAUUUGGGAAGGCCUGUGGAUGCACUGCAUCAGGCAAGCCAACAUCAGGAUGCAGUGCAAGGUCUACGACUCCGUGCUGGCCCUCUCACCGGACUUGCAGGCAUCCAGAGGGCUGAUGUGUGCUGGCUCGGCGCUCUCCUUCCUCGCUUUCGUGGUUGCCAUUAUUGGGAUGAAGUGUACACGGUGCGGGCAGAGCAGCUGGCAAGCCAAGGGCUAUGUUAUUCUGACAGCUGGGAUCCUCUUCAUCCUCUCGGGUGCUGUCGAGCUCAUUCCAGUCUGCUGGGUUGCCAACACCAUCAUCAGUGACUUCUACAACCCCAUGGUCAACGUUGCACAGAAAAGGGAGCUUGGAGAGGCCCUCUACCUGGGCUGGGUAGCUGCCUUCUGCCUCAUUGCUGCCGGAGCCAUAUUCUGUUGCUUUUGCCGUUGUGAGAAAACCAGAAGCUACGGAUACUCCGCACCAACCUACUACCCCACUCACAGCCAGCAUUUGCACAGGAAGACUGAAAGCUCAUACUCCAAAAGUCAAUACGUCUAG